AUGCCAAAGAGUCAGAUAAUUGAAGGAUGGCUUGAUGAUGAGCCUUUAAACAUUCUAGAUCAGAAACCAAAAAAACCUGCUGAUUGGGAUGACGGAGAUGCACCUCGUAAAAUUCCAAAUCCUGAUUUCUUUGAAGACUUGACUCCUUCUAAAUUUGAAAAGAUCGAAGAUGCACGAGAGUUUGCCAAAGAGAUAUGGGGUAUAAAAUAUAAGAUUAAAAAGGCAACAGAAGCUGCUUCUACAUCACACAAAAAGACUGACGCACCAGCACCUAAUGAUGAAUAUGCCGAUAAUAAAGGCAAAUCAAAAAAUGAUGGUAGUGAAGGCAAUAAUGGAACAAAA